AUGCCUGUCGAUCGCACCCCUCCGCCACUAUCGACGCUUGCGCAACCUAUACAACAUUGUCGCUCUGAAUCCGACUUAACUACUGAGCGUCAAGGGGAACAAAAAGAAACACAUGUAAGCCAUCGCGCAAAGCGAAAACACCCUGAUGACAACACCGACUCGCAAUUAACAUCUUUUAUGUCAGAAAUGAAAGCUAUGUUUAUCGAAUUUAAAAAUCAGCAAGAGGAAAAGUUCAACAAAUUUGAAAAAAUGUUCUCUUCUUUUGAGGAAAUAAAGAACCAGAACAAUGAAAUACGUAACUCCAUAGACUUUUUGUCGCACAGUUAUGAUUCUCUUGUGGAACAAAUUAAUACACUUCAGGCGGAACGUCGUGAAAAUAUUCAAUACAUACAAAAGUUGGAAGAAAAAAUUGACAAGUUUGAAAGUGGUUUGAGAUCCACUUGUAUUGAGUUAAGGAAUAUUCCACCAGUUAAGAAAGAGUCUAAACAAUCUUUAUUAAGCACUGUUCUACAUACCAUAAAUGAAAUUAAUUUAAAAAUAGAACCACAUGAAGUAAAAGAUGUUUUUCGUCUUUCUACCAGAGUCUCAGAAAACCGGCCUAUAAUUGUAGAUUUCAUCAGUGUCUUAACAAGGGACAAAGUAAUUGAAAAGUUCAAAAUUUACAAUAAAAAUAAAGGGAAACUUACUACAGAAACCCUUAAAAUCAGUGGUCCCGCCAAGCCAAUUUUUAUUUCGGAAAAUCUUUCAACCAAGAUGAAAAAGUUAUUUUACUUAUGUCGUGAUUUUGCAAAAUUGAAUAAUUUUAAAUACUGUUGGGUCUCUCACGGAAAAAUUUUUCUGCGCAAAACCGAUGGCACUGAUCAUCAUAUGAUUAAAUGUGAAAAUGAUUUAACUAACUUACAAUUGCAAAUAUGA